CCGUAGGUAUAUCAAGUGUUGACUGAAGUUAUUUCUCAGGUCUCUCCAAGCUUUCAAGCGGAAACUGUCUAACAAUGGCUUCCUCUAGCCAACAACCCUCUUCUUCUUCGAUCUCAAUCCGUAAACAUGAGUUCGAAGUGUUCUUGAGUUUUACAGGUGUAGACACCCGCUACAAUUUUACGGAUCAUUUAUUCGUAUAUUUGCGUGAUAAGGGUAUUAACACUUUCAGAGACGAUCAACUUAAGAGAGGAGAGGAGAUCACAUCAGAACUUUUGAAAACUAUUGAAGAAUCAAGAAUUUCCAUAGCUGUGUUCUCAAAAAACUAUGCGCAUUCCAAGUGGUGUUUGGAUGAGUUAGCGAAGAUCAUGGAGUGCAGGAAAGAAAAGCAACAAAUAGUCUUGCCGGUGUUCUACCACGUGGAUCCUUCGGAUGUGCGAAAGCAAACAGGGACCUUCGGAGAGGCAUUUUCCAUUCAUGAGAGAAAUGUAGAUGAGAAAAAGAUGCGAAGGUGGAGGGUUUCCUUGACUGCAGCAAGCAAUCUAAGUGGUUACCAUGUGAAGGAUGAUGAGUAUGAAUCAGAGAUAAUUAAGGAAAUCGCAGAUGACAUCCAUAGAAAAUUGGAUCAUAAGAUUUUGGAUGUUGGUCAGCACAUAGUUGGGAUGGAUGCUCAUCUUGAAGAACUAAAGUCAUUGAUAAACAUUGGAGAGAAUGACAUUUGCAUGGUUGGGAUCUAUGGACUUGGUGGAAUUGGGAUGCAUGACUUAUUACAAGAAAUGGGUUGGGAAAUUGUUCGUCAAACAUCUCCUAAAGAGCCAGGAAAAUGGAGCAGAUUGUGGGAUCCUGAGGAUAUUUAUCGUGUAUUAACGAGAAAUACAGGGACCGAAACAAUUGAAGGGAUAAUCCUUGACCUUGACAUUCCUAAAUCAAAACAAGUAGAAUUUACUACUGAAGCGUUCAAAAUGAUGAAGAAACUCAGAUUGCUCAAGGUACAUCAAGAUGCUAAAUAUGACCGUUUCCAUUGGAAAGCAGUGACUGCUCCUAAAGUUCACUUUUCUGGAGACUUCGAAUUUCCUUCAUAUGAGUUAAGGUAUCUCCAGUGGGAUGGAUACCCUUUGGAAUCUUUGCCAUCAAAUUUUCAUGGAGAGGAACUUGUUGAACUCAAAUUUCGGAGUAGCAACAUAAAACAACUUUUUCAAGAAAACAAGCUUCUUGAAAAGUUGAAAGUUAUCGAUCUCAGUCAUUCACAACAUCUCAUUGAAAUACCAAACAUAUCAAAUGCGCCAAAUUUGGAGAUCCUAAUUCUUGAAAGGUGUGGAAACCUUGAGAGUCUUCCAAGUGACAUUUGUAAGUUAAAAUACCUUACAAACCUUCGUUGCUCUGAGUGCAGAAAACUAAAAUUUUUUCCAGAAAUCAAGGAGGACAUGGAGAGGCUGAGAGAGCUUCAUUUAAAUGAUACAUCCAUACAAGAGUUGCCAUCAUCAGUUAAACGUUUGAAAGGGCUUGAAUAUUUGGAUUUGUCCGCUUGUCAUAGCCUCCUCAGUCUUCCAGACAGCAUUUGCAAUUUGAGAUCUCUUAAAACUCUCAAUAUUGAUUUCUGUUGGAAUCUCGAGAAAUUGCCAGAGAAUCUUGAAAGCUUGCAGUGUUUGGAGAAGUUUUAUGCACAAUGUGUUCGUUGUCAAUGGCCUUCCCUGUCAGGUUUAUGCUCCUUAAGAGAAUUAUAUGUAAGUCGUUCCAAUCUCAGGCAAGGAGCAAUCCUGAGUGAUAUUUCCUGCUUGUACUCAUUGCAAAGAUUGAAUCUAAGUCACUGCAAUCUAGUUGAAGGUGAAAUCCCUAUUGAGAUUUGCCAUCUAUCAAUGUUGAAAGUACUGGACCUGAGCAGCAACCAUUUUAGCAGCUUACCUGCUCGAAUCAGUCAACUUUCCGAGCUGCGAGUCCUCAGGUUGAGACACUGCAAGAUGCUUCAAGAAAUCCCAGAGCUGCCCUCAAGCCUACGAGACAUUGAUGCACAUGGUUGUGCAUGCUUGAAAACUUUAUCAAGUUCCGCAUCAUUGCCAUGGAAGAGGCAAUUAUGGUGCUCUCUCUUUAAUUGCUUGAAAUCAGAAGUUCAGGAUUUGGAAUGUGGGAGUAGGUGGUCAGAUGCAAAGUUUGAUUGCCAUUUCUAUGAUGGGAAGGGAAUCAGUAUUUUCAUGCCUGGAAGCUGUGGAAUUCCAGAAUGGAUAAAGCAUCAGAAAAUGGGAAGUGAAGUAACAAUAGAGCUUCCUAUGAAUUGGCACGAGGAUAAGAAUCUCUUGGGUUUUGUUCUAUGUUCUCUUUAUGUUCCAGCUAAGGAUGAACUUGAAGUAGCAGCCAAUCUUUCAGUAUGCGAACUGAUUAUCAAUGGCAAUCAUUUCGAAUCUCUUUUCUUCAGUUCCUUUUGUGACUGCUAUGUGAGUGAUGCAUCUGAUGAAGUGUGGUUGUUAUAUUAUCCUAAGAUUGGUAUUCCGGCGAGGUAUCGCUCAAAUCAAUGGAGGAACCUUGAAGUUAUAUUCGACGACUAUAUCAUCGAAGGCAAACCAGUGAAGGUGGAAAAGAGUGGAGUCCAUCUUAUAUAUGACCAAGGAGAAGGAUCAGGAGCAGCAGAUACUAAUGUUAAUAUCAAGAGAAGCCUUGAGGAUGUAGAAAACAACCCAGCUGAGGACCCAUACAAUAAAAGAUUGAGAGGACCUGACCCUGAUCACAGGACUCAAAAUAGUACUCAGUUGAAUCAGGAAAGCUCUCUUUUAAGUUCUUACCAAUUCUUUAAUUUUCUUUAAUCUUCUUUAAUUUUAUUUGAUGUUUAGCAUGACUUAAUUUGUAAGCUCUACCAAGCCUGAUUUUAUGCAAUUUAUUUAUAUACCAA